CGGGCAAAAGUGGAGAGGUCAAGUGUCGACUGUGGGAGACCGGUCGACAUUUAUGAGUUGGGAAGCCUAUCCGAGCUCCGAACAAAGGAGUUGCAGAUUCUCUCAACUACCAUCGCCAAUGCUUCGAGUACAUAUCACAGGGUUCCGGCAGAAAACAACGCAUGAGCGAGCGAUGACUGGUCCUCGUAUUGUCGCGAACAAAGACAAUUCCCAAUCUCGAAUCUUCAACGCUAUCUGAUACAACUGAAGAACUCACAAUGGCAGAAUGGAAGAAAUCGACCGUGCGCAACCAGGACCUUAAGCUUGACUGGCUCAGGAAGAAAUGGGUGCAGGAUGGGGCUGUCUUGGACGAGAUCGCUAAGAUGGUAUACAACGUCGGAGGUCAACAGAACGUCGCUGAUGUGGUUGUAUACCCUACACCCAAGGCAUGGGGUUUGUCGACAUGCUUUCGUCUGAAGAAACCAAGGCACCCUGAAGGACAACAACAAGAGCAUCCGGAAAGCGACUAUGAAGUGCUUCGCGACCUGGGGCUCAACGACGCAGCGAUGGAAAAGUUUCGGAAAUUCGCGAUGGACAUGGUCAAUGUAUCGUUCGAUCAAAGGAUGAUCAAGUUGGAGCUCCCUUGCGAUCCUCGUGUCCUAUGGCAGGACAUCGAACCGGGAUGGGUUCAGCUCAUGUAUAGGAAAGAUGCCGAAUGGGUAGGACCCUUCGGCGACUUCAAAACGCGAGUCUCCUGGCAGAGCCUCGCCGCCGGGCGCUCUCAGAAGGAGUCAGGGGAUCAAGCUCCAGGUAGGGGAUCGGGAGAAUCCUUUGGCAGCUUUAAGGAUGCAGGUACAGAGAGUCGGAGCGAUGAGGGUGCCACCGACCUGACUGAGAUGAGCAGUAGGAAAUCAGGAUCGAGCGAUGAAUUCGGUCCUUUCCAGGGUAGUCUAGCUUCCGACGGGUCUAGCGAAAACAAAAGCCUUCAGAAGUGAGAAUUUCGCCGAAGUCUUCUUCAACGGUGUUCAAUCCCGUGACUUGAAUUGUUCGGUGUUUGGUCCAGAUUAGUUUCGAGUGUCCGUCAGAAGUCGAAACACGUUGUACGUUUUAAAGCCUUGCGGAUUUUUAUCGAUUCAUAGCUAC